UCUAGCCUUCAAGUCCUGGGAGCGUGCAAACCUAGCACAAGAUCAAAGCCAUUCAAGUUGACUAAAUUUACGACUUGUCAUCACCUUUAAAACCAUCGAUGCCAAGUAUGGAAACGUUUCUGCAGAGCUGUCACGGUGCACUGAAGGAAGGAAACACAGAUGGAAGCCCAGGGUUCCACGUGGUGUUGGGGAACGAAGCCUGCGACCUUGACUCAAUGGUGUGUGCCUUGGUGUAUGGCUACUUCUUGUCCAAGACACUUGACUCUGGGAAAACUCCUCUGGCCGUCCUGAACAUCCCCAGGGCAGAGUUCCCGCUGCGGACGGACAACGUGUUCCUGCUGCGUGAGAGCGGCCUCUCCCAGGACUACCUGGUGUUCCGGAACGAGCUAGACCUGGCGGUCCUGCACCGGGCCGGGCGGCUGGACCUCACUCUGGUGGACCACAACGUGCUCCCCAGUUCCGACAGUGACCUAGAGGGGGCAGUAGUGGAGGUGAUUGACCACCACUUUGUGGAGAGAGCUUCUUCCCCCUCCUGCCCCAUUACCGUGGAGACAGUGGGCUCCUGUGCCACACUUGUGACUGAGCAGAUUUUCCAAAAGGCUCCUGAUGUCCUUGACCAACAGGUGGCGCAACUGUUAUAUGGUACCAUUGUACUAGACUGUGUCAACAUGGCCCCGGAGGCUGGGAAGGUCACCCCCAAAGACAGCCAGUAUGCCGCGCUCCUGGAGACACGCUUCCCCGGGCUGCCACCGAGGGCUGCUCUUUUCCAGUCCCUGCAGAACGCAAGGUUCGAUGUGUCAGGUCUCACUACAGAACAGAUGCUACUCAAAGACAUGAAGGCAGCGUCUGGAGAAGACCUGAAACUGGCUGUCAGUGUUAUAUACAUGACAAUGGAGGAGUUUCUCCAAAGAAAAGGCCUAGAUGAGGAGCUGUGCACCUUCUGCCGCAGACAUGGCUACGACCUGCUGGUGGCUAUGACCAUCUCCUUUGGAGAAAACAAGGAGCCCUUCAGACAGCUAGCCAUCUACAGCUCCAGCACCCUCUACAGGGAGGAGAUAAGUCAAUCGUUGGAGCAGGCCCGGAACCCCAGCCUAAGCCUCUGUCCAAUGAGCAGCCCCUAUUCCCAAAUCAAAGCCUAUCUCCAAGGCAACACCUUGGCCUCCCGCAAGAAAGUCCUGCCUGUCAUCAAGGACUUCCUCAGGGACAGAGAGAGCAGAGGAAGGUACUGUGGCAAUGCUGAAGACAUUGCCAGGGAGGCUGGAAUAGAUGAGGAAUCCAUGGUGCCCCCGACCCCCAUGAACAGUCUGGUGGAAGGCUGUCCCCUUGACAACGGACUGCCCAGGAUAAGCGCUGAGGCGCUGGUGGAAAAGUUUAGCAAAUUGGCCAAUGAGGCUGAGGGCACGGGGGGGCAAUGAUGUUGAUUUCAUUGUUUACAAUUCAGUUGGAGCAUCCACACUCCCUGAUCUCAACAACAUCUGGAGAGCCAGAACGUUCCUAACCAGAUAAGGAUGAUCCAGAGUGUUUCCUGGUUAUGAAGGAAGACUAAGAUUGAAUAGAUGAUCCCCUUGAAGGAACGACUGGUUAGCAUGUGCUUCCUGUCAUACAGAGUGAAAACGUUCAGAGCGUCCACCCCAUUAAAGACGGUACACAUUACAGACUCAAAAGUAUGACAGAUCCCACUGUCACAGGAUUGUGUAGAAGUAUUCAACAAGGGUUUCACAGAUCUCAAAAGAUAUUCAGAAGUUAGUUAAUAGUUAAAAAGAAGUUAAUAGUAUAUUUUGAUAUAAAUAUAUAAACUUGUUUUGUAGUAGAAUGCAGUGAUAAUACUAAUUCAUCAAAACAAGGAUCACAAAUCGUUUCCAAUACACUUGAGCAGCUAUUAAUCUUAAAAGACAAAAGAAAAAGCUAAAUGGUGGCACUUAAGGCAUGUGUUGAUUUUCAAACCACCUACUUAACCUUGAGACAUGAAGGUUAAAUUAGAUUUAUUAGAAUUAGUGGUGUUUUGCAGUGGUUUGUUGAUAAAUAUGAUAGGGUUGGCUUUCAAUGAGUGAGGUGUUGAAAGGAUCCAUUUGCAAUUCAUAGUUUGAUUCACAAUUACUUUCGUUUUUGCAUUACUUCAGUUUAGAUUUUGAUCAAAUAAAGUACACAAAUGAACAGUAUGACACACUUUUACAUGAAAUGUCUUUUUAUUCAUUCAUGUGAAAAUACAUGUUUAAUUUAAAGUAUUAGUCAAGAGAAAGCAUGGUAGCUUACUUUGUCAAUUUAAAAAAAGCACGUAAUCUAAAAUACAUUUAUAAUGAAGAUUUGGAGCGAUGAUAGCUAACUCUUAAGGUUAUGUAUAAUUAUUGACAAAUGAUUGGUUGUGAUGGUCCCGCAUAUCCUGAUAAUUGCCAAGAAGAAUUGUUUAUUUGUGUGUAAAUUUCUUCUCUAAAGGUUUAAAAAUCGGUUUGUCAGUUUUAUUUUGCUAUGUUGUGAAGAAGUACAAUCAGGAGAAAGUGUAUACAGUGAUUCUUUUCAUAUUUUAAAUUAGUAGAGAGAAAUAUGUUUGUUUUUAAAAUGAACUUGAUUACAACUGAAUGUUUAAAUACAUUUACAAAAUUUGUAUUAAAACAACAUUUUAUGUUA